GACAAUACGAAUAAUUGUAUUUAACAUGAUUUCUGGUUAAUAAAGCGAAAUUUUAUAUUUGUUCUAGGUUUACUAGUAUUAUUUACAGUGAUAAUUUGACAAAAAAUAGAUAAUCUAUUCUUUAAUUAAUAAUGCUCCACGAAGAAAUUAAAUGAGAGAAAAGUAAGUUGUUGAAAAUGCUUCAUCGCUCUUACAGUCUUUUGAGUUUUAUUCAACGGAGUGUAAGUAGCUGUCAUACUGGAAAAUUUUACAUUUUACAAGUAGGAUUUGCUAAAAGGCAUAAAAGUACUUUUAUAAGACAAAAAUUUAUUCAUUUGAUAUCAAGUACUUCAAAAGUUUGCCACAAUAAACAUGUUGAUACAAGGUGGAUCUAUACAAGCUCAAGAUUGGUCUUUAACAAUACCAAAACCAAGUCUCAAAAAGAAGACAAAGCAGUUUUAAAUAAAACAGAACAGAAACAAGAUGCUGAUGUUACACAAAGAGUAGUUGAAUUAAAAGUGGAAAAUUUAGGAAAAUUGAAAGAGCGUGUACUAAAUGUUGAAGCUGCAGCUCCUGCUACUAGAACUGAUGAUGUAAAACAAGAUGUCAAAAUCAUUACAAAGGAAAAGUCAAAAAAAGAAGAAAAGAAAGCACCAAUUGAAGAAGCAGUGGUGAAAAAACCUCCAAAGAAAAAAAUGCGAGUAGACUUAACAGCAUCAUCACUGGAACGAAAUUUUAUUACUCCAAUCAGAGCGAUGUCUGAUUUUUUACUGAAACAAUCUGAUUUGGAUAAUUUGCCAAAAACGAAGAGAAGGUCUCCUUAUGAAUUUGAGCCACCAAUCACAGUAUAUUGGAGGAGAGAUGUAGAAGCAAAAGCUUUGGAAGUUUGGGGAUCACGAGAAUUAAUGCUAAAAGAAUUGAUAAAAAAGGAACUUGAACGUAAAACUUAUCAACAAAAUGUAUUUACUGUCAAAAAACGAUUACGUGAUUACAGAAGAGAAGUUGGUAGUCAAGCACAAUCUGUUGAGAAAGAAGGGCUCUUUGGUAGAUCAGGUAAAGUGGUUUUGACAGCUGUUGUGAUAAACGGAAGUAAUUUUCUUUUCAAACUUUUUGCCUGGAUUCACACAGGAUCACACAGUAUGUUCUCAGAAUGUAUUCACUCAGCUGCAGAUACUUUUAAUCAAUUGAUUUUAGCAUAUGGAAUACACAAAUCUGUUCAGACUCCAGACCCCGAUCACCCUUACGGUUAUACAAACAUGAAAUAUGUUUCUUCACUAAUAUCGGGCGUCGGUAUUUUCUGUGUGGGAACAGGUUUGUCUGUUUACCAUGGAAUCCAUGGGAUUUUAUUUCCAGAGCCAGUAGAAUCUUUUUACUGGGCUUACUUUAUACUUGGUGGCUCUUUGGUAUCUGAAGGUGCGACACUGUUAGUUGCAAUCAAUUCAAUCAAGAAGGGGGCAAUGGAGAAAAAAAAAACUUUUAAAGAGUAUGUCAUGACUGGCCAUGAUCCAUCUGUCAACGUUGUUUUGAUGGAAGAUUUUGCCGCUGUAUUAGGAGUUAUGGCCGCAGCAGGUUGCAUGGGAUUGACUUCUUAUUUGGGUAGUCCAAUAUUUGACGCUGUAGGUUCCCUGCUCGUCGGGGGUCUUCUUGGUGGUGUAGCAUCGUUCAUCAUUUACACAAAUGUAGCUGCUUUGGUUGGUCAGAGCAUACCGCAAGAAUACCUUGACAAAAUUAAUGCCGAAUUAGAGUCUGAUAUUAUGGUAAGAGCGAUCCAUGACGUCAAAGGUAUUGAUAUGGGCAACAGUCUAGUGAGAUAUAAAGCAGAACUGGACUUUGACGGACGAGAGCUUACAAGGUCUUAUUUGGACAAGCAUGAUCUUAAUACGAUGCUUGAAGAUGUCAAAGCCAUGCAAAAUAUUGACGAACUUGAAGCAUUUCUAUUAAAGCACGGCGAGAAUAUUGUCGAUAUGCUUGGCGGGGAAAUCGAUCGAAUAGAAUUGAAACUCAAGAAAAAAUAUCCAGAUAUACGUCAUUGUGAUUUAGAAAUCCUUUAAAAAGAGAUAUAAUUUAGAUACAAAUGAAUUUCUUCGACAACUUGAUGUAAAUAACAUUGUUAUAUUAUAAUUAUUACUCUUAUUUAUGAAGGUCAUAGUACUGUACGUAAUGAUUAAGUUACGAAGAGAGAAGAAUGCAAGCUAUAUCGUGUAUGACUAUCAAGUUUUGUUACGAAUAAUCGCUUAAAUAAAGCCUGUGAAUAUGAUCCUGA